AUGUUCGAAAACCAAGCAAGGGUUGACAGGUUUAAUACCUCAAAAGCCCUAUUUCAUUGCAAGCUUGCUGAAGGUGCUCCAGUUAGUCCUCAUGUGAUUAAGAUGAUUGGGUACAUUGAGAGCUUGCAGAGAAUGGGUUUUCCCCUUGAUGACGAUCUCACCACCAACGUGAUACUGCAGUCCCUGCCUUCUAGCUUUGAACCGUUCAUCCUGAACUAUCACAUGAAUGGUUUGAAGAAAUCGCUCACUGAGUUGCAUGGGAUGCUUAAGAUGACAGAGGCGAGUCUUAGGAAGACUCCUGGUCAUGUGAUGACAGUCCAGAAGGGUAAGAAGCGUAAGCACCUAGUGAAGGCUAAGAAACCUGCCGAAAGUGGGACUUCCGGGCAGGCGUCCAAGGCCAAAGAAAAAUAA